CUACUCUUUACAUUUACACUAUAAAUACAUCAACCUUCCAACCUAGCAAUUCCCUUACACUCUCCGACUCUCUAGCUUCCUUUAAAUUCUUAAAUCCCAUUCAUUUCUGCUCUCUUUUCACUGAUUCAUCCAAGAAAAAAAAAAUGGCACAAACAAGAGUACUAGUACUAGAGUCUAUCAGUUAUUGUUCAAUAUUGUUGUUUUUUCUUGUUUUCAUGGGCAUGUUGCAUAGUUGCUUGAGUGUUGGGGUGAACUGGGGAACCCAGGCCACACAGAAACUCCCACCUGAUACGGUGGUGAAAAUGCUGAGGGAAAAUGGGUUUAAAAAAUUGAAGCUUUUUGAGGCAGAUGAGAGGAUUUUGGGGGCUCUGAUAGGGACUGAAAUUGAAGUGAUGCUAGGAAUACCCAAUAACAUGUUGCAGAUGAUGUGUGAGGAUCCUGGUGCUGCAGCUUCAUGGGUGGAUGCCAAUGUCACUAGUUAUUCCUACACUGGUGGAGUCCAUGUCCAGUAUGUUGCUGUAGGCAAUGAACCUUUCCUUGAAUCUUACAAUGGAACCUAUCUAGAAUGCACACUACCAGCCCUCAGAAAUAUCCAGGACGCACUCAACAAAGCUGGUUUGGGGUCCAAGGUCAAAGCCACAAUCCCCUUUAAUGCAGACAUCUACUUCUCACCAGACUCAAACCCGGUGCCAUCUGCUGGUGACUUCAGGGCUCAACUCCGAGACCGCACAAUUGAAAUAAUCCAAUACCUAUACAGAAAUAAUGCGCCUUUCACUGUCAACAUCUACCCCUUCCUCAGUCUUUAUGGCAACAAAUAUUUCCCCUUCGACUAUGCAUUCUUUGAUGGAACAAGCAAACCUGUUAAAGAUGGUGAUAAACAAUACACCAAUGCUUUUGAUGCAAAUUUCGACACUCUAGUCUGGGCUUUAUUUAAAGCUGGUUAUGCUGAUAUGCCAAUCAUAGUUGGAGAAAUUGGGUGGCCAACUGAUGGUGAUAUAAAUGCAAAUGUCCAAAAUGCAAAGAAAUUCAACCAGAAAUUGCUCCAACAUGUUUUGAGUGGAAAGGGAACCCCAGCUCGGAAAGGUAAAAUUGACAUAUAUUUAUUCAGCCUUCUUGAUGAGAAUGCUAAAAGCAUUGCUCCUGGUGGCUUUGAAAGGCAUUGGGGGAUAUUUGAGUUUGAUGGGAAGCCAAAGUAUGAACUAGAUUUGUUGGGCUUGGGAGAGGAUAAAGGUCUAGUUCCAGCAGAAGAUGUGAAAUACAUGCCCAAAAGGUGGUGUGUUAUGAAUCGCCAGGCUAAUGAUAUAGAGGACCUGCCAGACAGUAUUGACUAUGCUUGUAGCCGAUCAGAUUGCACUGCUUUGGGCUAUGGAUCUUCGUGUAAUCAUCUAAGAAGCGUGGAAGAGAAUGCCUCUUAUGCUUUCAACAUGUACUAUCAAGUCAAUAACCAGAAUGAUUAUUCUUGUGAUUUUUCUGGUUUGGCUAUUGUGACUAAUGAUGAUCCGUCUGAAGAGGACUGCCAGUUCCCAGUGAUGAUUUCUUAUGGUUCUCCGUUGCUGCUGCAUAGUGGACUUUCAGAUGCAUUUAUAAGAAUCAUUGAGGGAUUUGUGUUGUUUUUGAUUCUGCUAAACUGAUAAGUAAUAGGCCUAUACCUGUUUGUACUUCAAUUAGUUUUACGCUUCUAGCGUAGGCAUAGUUUUCUGUAGCCUAGUACGUUGAUAUUACUUGUAGCCUAUGAAUAUGCAUGUUCUCAUUUUAUUUACACUUUUAAAUGUCAUGUAGUGCAUUCAUUUAUGAAACCUCUCACAAAAUUUUAUAUAUGA